CGCAAACGCGAGCAAGCAAGUAGUCGGUCGGUGUUUGGGGGCUCGCCAAUUUCCUGCGACUGCUUUGGCGUGCCGCACUGUGUAAUAGAAACUGUGUAUUUAGAAGAUCCGAUUAAACUCCAACUUUAGAAUAGCGCGGUUUUGGUAAGGCUUCCCCGAGUGUGUUUGCGUGCAAAACGAUGGAUUAUCGCGCUUGACCCAGAGGACACAGUCUGGUUGGUUGAGUGCUGGGCCCGCUCAAGGCUCAAGGGACAGGAGUUGGGCGAAGCUGUGUGCAGUCGUAAAGAGGUACAGACAGACAGAAUGGAACCCAAAAAAGGAAUUGUCUUCGCCGUUUAAACGGACACAUGCAACCACGACGCAGUGCGACAGGCCACAGGUGCAACGAACGCAAAUACUAUUGAUCGCGAAGCGACGGCGAAUACAUCUCGCGAGCAAGUGGACGGAACAGCUCAAUUGUGGCGAAACUACGACCGUCGAGAAUGGCGCUGAACGGAUUUUUGGAAUUCUUCCAGCGGGAGAAAACGUUUCGACCGAAGAAACGCUUCACCCAGGGCACGAUACGCUACUCGCUGCACAAGCAGGCCAAUGCGAGCCUCCAGUCCGGGAUCAACCUGAAGGAGGUGGUCAAACUUCCGGCCGGCGAGAACAUGAACGACUGGCUAGCGGUGCAUGUGGUGGACUUUUUCAACCGAAUCAACCUCAUCUACGGCACCAUCUCGGAGUACUGCAACGAAACCACCUGUCCGACGAUGAGCGGCGGCGCCAAAUACGAAUACCUGUGGGCGGACGGAGAAACGUACAAGAAGCCGAUACAGCUGCCCGCCCCGCGCUACAUCGAGCUGCUGAUGGAUUGGGUAGAGAACCAGAUCAACAAUGAGACGCUCUUUCCCGUCUCGACCGACGUGCCAUUUCCGAAGACGUUUCCGAGCUUGUGCAAAAAGAUCCUGACCCGACUGUUCCGGGUGUUUGUGCACGUAUACAUUCAUCAUUUCGAUAGGAUUUUCAGUAUUGGCGCGGAAGCGCACGUUAACACCUGCUACAAACAUUUCUACUACUUCGUGACCGAGUUCGAUCUGAUGUCAGCGAAAGAACUCGAGCCACUCGCGGUGAUGACCUCGCAAAUGUGUAAAGACUAAACGGAGCGCGCACGAUACAGGUAAGCAGAACAUACAAGCAUGUUUUCAACGACGGUUAAACAAACACGUGCCACUCGAUAAGAUACGGCCCGCAUCACCAGCAUGCUCAAGUGACGAAUGGCAAGUAAACAAACAAAUCGGCGCGCUAUGCUUCGCAAACAAACAAAUAAAAAACGGCCGCGACGUCUUGGAAACGCCGAAUGGAAGGGAGAACACGAAGCGACCGCGAAACUCACGAGUUAUGCAAAGCCUCAUCAUCAAGCAAAGAAAUAAAGUGCAAACAAGAAGAAGCUACAAACAAUAAUCGGUAAAGGUUUUAACAGAUUUUAAUAAAAAUCAAUGACUGUAAAGUA